UAUUUUUCCUAUCUCUUCACUAGAGGGGAGGUGAAGGAAGGAAAAACAAAAGACAGUUACAUAAGAGCGCAAACAAACGGGCCUUAAACAAGUCUUUCACAUCUCGCAAACUCAGAAAAACGCACGUGUAGCUUUUACAGAAGAAGGUUCGGAAAGCACACAAAGCCCUUCAUCUUAAUCCUUGUUUGGUUAACAGAAGUAGCUUCAAGCAUUGGCCUCGUUUCACUCAGAUGAAUAUAUUGCCUGGAAAUAAGGGUUUUAGGUUUUGAGUUGAAGAUCCUGCAUUCUGUCAUCUGGGUUCUGCUGGAGAAUUCGAGGUUUCAAUGUGGAUCUGAUUUUGGUGAAUUAUAAGACAAGAAGUGGAGGGAAAAAAGAUGUUGCCCAAUCAAAGCUAUUCUCGUAUUGACACUUCAGAGCUAAAAUUUACAAUUGUUCAAAAAAUUGGGCAUCAGAGAGCUGAGAAAUACUUUGAUCUGACCAGAAGAUUGUUUGGUUUGAAGAUUAGCAAGUGUGACUUCAACAAAUUCUGCAUUCGGACUAUUGGGAGGGAAAAUGUCCAUCUUCAUAACAAGCUUAUUAGGUCAAUUAUCAAGAAUGCUUGCCUUGCAAGAACUCCACCACUGACAGGUAUUAGGAAAACGGGAGGUGCCCUCAAUGCUAAAGUUGUAAUUGGCUAUCAGAAGAGUUGUGCUCAACCGCUUUACGGGGAUACAUUUCCUCAAUGCCCUCGCAAGGGCCGGUCUGCUGUUAAUCGAGAUCGUAAGUUUCGGGAUCGUCCAAGUCCUUUGGGGCCAAAUGGAAAGCCCCAAAAUAUUGCAUAUGAGGAAUUGAUUUCCAAAGCACAUGAGCAGCAAAGUCCUACUGAGUUGCUUUCUCUUGACAGCAGGCCUCCCAUUGAAGUUGCCUCUGAGGAUGGAGAAGAAGUUGAACAGGUUGCAGGGAGCCCAGCUAUUCAAAGUAGAAGCCCAGUAACAGCUCCCUUUGGUAUAUCCAUGCAUUUGGUUGGAUCACGUAAAGCUUUUCCUAAUGUAUCAGUGUGUGGUGGUACAUACCACCGUGAAACCUGUCAAAACUGUGGUGAGCUACCUGAUACAAAAUCGUUAAGAAGUCAUUUGGAGCGUAAGUUGGAGAUGGAGGGUAUUGGUGUUUCUGUAGACUGUGUUAACCUCUUGAACAAUGGGUUAGAUACUUUCCUGAAGAGAUUACUGGAACCUUGUAUUCGAUUAGCUGGGACAAGGCAUGGGGAUGAGCACUUAAAACAACUAAACAGUCUGUAUAUAUGUGGUUCAAAUGGGACAUUGCGUGGGGGACAUAUGCAAAGAGAAACAAAAUCUACUUAUGCAUCCAUGUUAGAUUUUUGUGCAGCAGUGGAGUUAAAUCCGCAAAUACUUGGCGAAAAUUGGCCCAUACAGCUUGAGAAGAUUGUCGUACGUGCUUCUGAAGAGUGAAAAAAAAAACCUUUUAUACGCACAUUCAGCAGUUGAUGAGAUCAAGGGACGUGAAACUUACACCCUCAAUUAUUCAUAGUUCAGUUUUUUGAUCAUUUGACCUCACAUGGAUUUGUAGGCUUUGCCUCUUCAAGGUUUUAAGCAUUGACAUAAGAAAAAUUUGUGGAUUCUGUGGGAAGUUUGGGUAAAGCUCAUUAGGUUGCAUAGGCUUGAUAGUCAUUCUUAAGAGGGCAUGUUAAUACAGUAAUAUGUUAACGUUUUCAUACAAGACCUCACUGUUUGAAGGUUUGGACACUACUUUCAAUUAAUUUUAUUUUGUUCUCUAUUUUCGCAUAUUCAACGUUCAUAAUUGCACAGUGACUUCAGUUAUCAAUUAGACAGUUACAAAUCUUUAGAAAGUUUGAACUUCAAAUGGAUUUUACUUUUCUUGCUCACCCUAUUUUAACUGGACUAUUCAUUCUUCUCAAUUGAUGAAACUUGUCAGUGCAGUGUGGAGAAGGAAAGAGAAGGUGGGUAAGUUGGUUCCGCUCAGCUUUGUCGGCUAUAUAAUUUCAAAGAAAUUUCUUUUGAUUAAAUAGUUUUGAAGAGGUACUCUUAAUUGGUUGUGAACAGUGGAAGGCGCACAGCCAGAUCUGAAGCCUCAGCUCAAUAUCAAAGACCAGAAGGCAUUGUUUGAAGAAUGCUGACCUGACUACUAACAUAGUUAGUGGUUAGAAUGUUGUUAUAUUGCAUAGGUAGGGUUUGUUCUGAGGCUUGCUUCACUGAGCCCAAGAUGAGCUAUGUUUUAAAUAUCAGAUUGUAUUACUGAAUUUUUUGUUGAUUGACGAUUGACAAAAUCCAAUUCAUUAUAGAA